AUGUUUAGCACCUCUGUUAGGACGAAAGACUUGAGUGAGAAGAAAAAUAAUGGUGAAUUGUGCGUUCAAAAAGUGGAAAGGUUCCGUGAGAUUCUCCUCAAAAGAAUCACAAUUGAUCCUCAAAAGAAAUUUAUAACAUUCGGUUCAUUUAUUCAAUUGAGGAGGAAUCAUCCUGGAGGACCACUGUACUUGUCCCUAGCAACAGACUAUUUCUGCAAUAAUCUUCAUCCUAUCACCGAAUCCUGUGACUUGACACUUUCUUCAACGAAUUUUCCUUGUGCAAGGAAUACUUUUAAGAUAUGUUCAAUGGAAGAAAAAUCAGCAUUCAGCAACGCGAACCUGAAGUACAAUCAAGACUUUCUUCUGCAAUGCUUGGGAUGGGAUGCGGAGCCUCUCUAUCUGCUGUGUCCUCCAAAAAGUUGGACAGAGUCAGAAAAGUCUGAUAUUCAAUUGGGUAGGAUUGGGGUAAAUUCUCUUAGCUACUUUCGUUGGAAAUUUGCCCAUCCGGAUUCUGAACAGAGACUUGAGAUGGAAGGAGAGAUCAUACCAUUUGAUUCUAGAGCACUUCUGAUUCAUAGUGCGACCAACCGUGUUGCAACGAAUAAAGGAGAUUCUGUUCGGACUAUUUUUGGUAGAGAGGAAAGAGUCCAUUUGGAAUAUCACAAUCUCAAGCGGAAAAAUUCCAAUCUGGAAAGUCAUUGCUGGUGUAUUCCAUCUUUGUAAGCAGAUUUAAGGUUUUUUUUUAUA